UGUGUGUCCGGUUAGCAGUGAACGCACCAGAGCCAGACUGUUGUCAAGAGUGGUGUUGCUAACACACUGAUAGCUUACAAGUGAGGAUAAGUUUGGACAUAGCUUUGUUCGGGAACAUUGGCCCUGUCACAGCAGGAAAAUGCUGGUGUGCAUCUGGCAGUAUGUGUACACGUCCUUCCUGAGGUACUGGCUGAAGUGGAUCAUCAGACAGGCAACAGGGAAAUGUGAGCUGCAGAGAAUAUGUUCCAGAUACAAGCCUGGGGCAACGAGAGCAAUAAAAGCAGAAUAUUCUCUCCAGUCUUCAAAGAACAAGGUUUUAAGAGAAGCUUUGGAAACCACCAAAGACAAAUUAGAGCAAUGUGUGACUCAAGUUAUGAAAGUGAAAAAUGUCAAACCCCAGAAAGAUCCACUGUUCAAGGAAAGCCUACACAUCUGUCUGUUACAAAUAACAGGAUACAGCAGCCUGUAUGUAACUGUGGAAGACUUGAGAAAACGAGUCUACAACUCGGAGAGCCAAGAACACGAGGCCAUGCUGUUGAAGUUGUGGGACCUGCUGAUGCCAGCAGCCAAACUGGAGUCCAGGAUAACCAAACAGUGGGGAGACAUUGGAUUCCAAGGAGACGACCCCAAGACUGACUUCAGAGGAAUGGGCAUGCUGGGCCUAAUCAACCUCGUUUUUUUCAGUGAGAACUACACAGAGGAAGCUCGUCAGGUGUUGUCCCAUGCAAACCAUCCUAAACUAGGGUAUUCGUAUGCCAUAGUUGGAAUCAACUUGACAGAGAUGGCCUACAGUCUCCUGAAGAGUGGUGCUUUGAAGCCUCAUUUCUACAAUACAGUACAGGGCGCACCUGAGCUCCGACAUUUUCAUCAGCUAUACUGUUAUCUGGCGUAUGAAUUUGAUAAAUUCUGGGUGGCAGAAGAACCAGAAAGCAUCAUGCAUUUCAAUCAGUACAGAGAAAAAUUUCAUAACAUAGUCAAGACUCACCUACAGGACCCCAACGUAUCGCUCUCAUUGACUGUCCGUUCUGAAAAAAACUAAUGUUAUCCAGAGACGUUCCCUGACGUUGUUUGAUCAGGCAGAAAAAGGAAACAUAAGCAUAAAAGCAGACUGAAGCUUGCUCAUCACUCAUAUUCCUCAAAAAUUCAAACAAAUGAAUCCUCUUAUAUUUGGUUUCUAACUCGUUAGUCACGUUCUUUUCGUUUUGUCUCCGUGAUAGUUUAGGGUUUUAAAACAGAGCACAAAUCUAACACCCUGUACCUCAGAAAUGACCAUUCCUGUGUUUAAUUCAACUCUGUGAAGGAGAAAUGAGCGCUGCUGCGGAGGACUUUGGCGAUUACAGGUCUGUCUUUUGUAAAGAUUACAGCACUUUGAGUGAGUGAGCAGCCAAAGACAGUUGGCCAUUAACUACCACAUUUUGUAGCUGUCUUGUUUGUAUUUCAGUAAACAAGACUUAUGUGUUCUCACAGUCGUCCUGCUCAGGAAUUUGAUUUUUUUUUUUUUUUAUGUCCAGACGCCAUGUGCAAAACUUAAAGUGAGUAAAAAUAUGUGCACGUUUUAAUGUGUCCCCAUCUGUGUUCUGUAACGUAGAUGAAACUCAAAAUGGUUAUUUGCUUCCAUUUCUGACUGAUACUCUUUUUUUUUUUUUUUGUCGUCAUUUUUAUGGUGUGAUUUGCUUUUGAGGAAGGUGUGUAAUGAUUAACACGUCUUAAUCAGAGUUAAUAAAUACACAUUGUGAUGUUUUGAA